UGACCCUCGACCCCUCAAGCCUAAAAAAAAGCAUAACCCUCAAAGAGAGAAGAAAUUCCCCGAAAUGGCGGCGUCCGGCGAGGGAGCGUCGCUGCCGUCUCCGGCAGGUGGCGAGGACAGCCGCCGCCGUCGUGUGAGCUACUUCUACGAGCCCACGAUCGGCGACUACUACUACGGGCAGGGCCACCCGAUGAAGCCCCACCGCAUCCGCAUGGCGCACUCGCUAGUUAUCCACUAUGGUCUGCACCGCCUGCUCGAGCUCUCACGCCCCUUCCCUGCCUCGGAAGCCGACAUCAGCCGCUUCCACUCCGACGAAUAUGUCUCCUUCCUUGCCUCCGCGACCGGCAACCCGACCAUCCUCGACCCCCGCGCCGUCAAGCGCUUCAACGUCGGGGAGGACUGCCCCGUCUUUGACGGACUCUUCCCCUUCUGCCAGGCCUCCGCCGGUGGCAGCAUCGGCGCCGCCGUCAAGCUCAACCGUGGCGACGCCGACAUCACCGUGAACUGGGCUGGCGGGCUCCACCACGCCAAGAAGGGCGAGGCCUCUGGGUUCUGCUAUGUCAAUGACAUCGUCCUCGCCAUUCUUGAGCUUCUCAAGUUCCACAGGCGUGUGCUAUAUGUAGACAUUGAUGUUCACCACGGAGAUGGUGUGGAGGAGGCCUUCUUCACUACAAACCGAGUCAUGACGGUUUCUUUCCACAAGUAUGGAGACUUCUUUCCUGGAACUGGACAUAUAACUGAUGUUGGAGCGGGUGAAGGGAAACAUUAUGCUGUAAAUGUCCCCCUGAGUGAUGGCAUUGAUGAUGACACCUUCCGUGAUCUGUUCCAAUGCAUCAUUAAAAGAGUAAUGGAGGUUUAUCAGCCAGAGGUAGUUGUUCUCCAGUGUGGGGCUGACUCUUUGGCUGGAGAUAGGUUAGGCUGCUUCAAUCUGUCUGUGAAAGGCCACGCAGACUGCCUCCGUUUUCUCAGGUCAUUCAAUAUUCCUAUGAUGGUUUUGGGAGGUGGAGGUUACACCAUCAGAAAUGUUGCUCGCUGUUGGUGCUAUGAGACUGCAGUUGCUGUUGGCGUUGAACCUGAUAACAAGUUGCCUUAUAAUGACUACUACGAGUACUUUGGCCCUGACUAUAAUCUUCAUAUUCAACCAAGAAUCGUGGAAAAUCUGAAUACUACAAAAGACUUGGAGAAUAUAAAGAACAUGAUAUUGGAUCAUCUUUCAAAGUUAGAACAUGUCCCGAACGCUCAAUUCCAUGAAAGACCAUCAGAUCCUGAAGGUCCAGAAGAGAAGGAGGAGGAUAUGGACAAGAGACCAGCUCAGCGCAGCAGAUUGUGGAGUGGAGGAGCUUAUGAUUCUGACACAGAAGAUCCUGACAACAUGAAAACCGAGGCUAACGACUUAUCUGCCAACUCUAUCAUGAAGGAUGCAUCAAAUGAUGAUUUGUAGACUGGCUCCCCGAAUUACUGUUUACUCCUGGGUUUUUUACGUGCAUGCUGAAGACCGGGGAAGUGUUUGAAGAUACUAAUCUCUGUACCCCCAUCUGACCAUUUUGUAAACCCAUGUUGUAAAACAGUUGAUGCUUCGGGCACCCCUGACAUUUCCGCUUUCAUUCGGCACAUCGACAUGUUUAUGCUGGAACUAUUUGUGCAUUCGUAUGGAUUUGUAUUCCUCCAUUUCGUUUAAUCUGUACUCUACCCUGGGGUAGCAUGAGUCUCAUGAUUU